AUGAUUACCAUGUUUUUCCAGGGAACUCUUCAGGACGGUAUUGCCCUUGCCGUAAGGGAGACCAAGGCUGUGGUUUGCUUUGUCCGAGGUCAGUAUCUCCCCGCAUCCCACGACCCCAGCUCUUCUGAUCGUGCCUCAUGUGCAGAUGAUGCCACACUCAGCUCAACAUGGGAGGAAGAGUACUUUUUGGAUGAUGAGCUUGCGCAGGCCCUCGAUGCGAAAGCGGUGCUUUUGCGCCUUACUGCCGGGACACAGGAAGUUGCGUUCUUGAGCUCUUUCUGUCCGAUUGCCGAAUUUCCGGCCACUAUUGUGAUCCAGAAUGGCACACUCCAGGAAUACCUUUUGCCAGGCAUUUCGAAAGAGGAUUUCAAAGCCCGUCUUGUUGCAGCUAUAAAUGGACAAGGGCCUUCCGUUUCCGCCUCUACACGGCAAUCACAGAACAGCACCGCUUCCAUUAACAAUACCGUGACACCAGUUGCCCCUAAUACAGCCAUUCCAGCAAGUCCUCCGACGUCAAGCCAACCAUCGCCGAGUACCAGUGUCCUUUCAAGUUCUACGCCCCCAAUACAGAGUAAUCAUACGUCUUUGGAGGAUCGAGUUGUCCACAAAAAGACACCGAAGCCUGCAUCUUCAAAGUCCCAGCCAUCAAAGGAGAACCAGAAGAAACCUAGCCCUUUGCCAGGGGCAAAGGAAAAGACGGUCCACGUCCCUCCAAAGGCUCCAAAUCCCAUUGCUAGCAAGGAUCCUGCACCCACUGUUGAAGAACCCAAACCACAAUCACCAAUUCCAAGAGGACCCCCAAGCCAUUACAGACUUCAGGUGCGCUUAUUCGAUGGACGCUCUGUGCGCUCUAGUUUCUUGCCCAAUCAGACAAUCAGCCGCAAUGUGCGUCCUUGGCUCGAUGAGCAGAUGACGGACGACCACCGACCCUACAAUCUCAAGCACAUCCUGACACCUCUUCCAAACCGAACACUCUCCCUCUCCGAAGAGUCGCAAACUCUUCAAGAUCUGGGCCUUGGCUCAACCGCAAAUUUAGUCAUGGUCCCUGUCAGGUCGUACACCGAGGCAUAUGCUUCCGCCGCAGCCAGCUUACCAGCACGCGGUAUCUCCGCUGUAUAUAACGUAGUGUCAUCUGUCGCAAGCUCGGCCACGGGAAUUAUGGGCUCUUUCAUUGGGUUAAGCUCCAACGCAUCAGCAACAGAGCCGGCCCCUGCUUCAUCUAGUCCUACGCCUAGCGAAAAUACCCGACGACCACAUUCGACGGGGCCCAGGAUCCGAACACUUCGGGACCAGCAAAUUGGGCAGGACGAAAACCAGCUGUAUAACGGCAACCAGUUAAACUUCGAGCCAAGGAACCAGGAUAGCAAAGAUGAUUGA